AUGUAUGAUAUCACCUGCAUACAAGAACCCUAUUUAAACCCGGUAAAGCUCGCUAACGCCUCCAACCUUAGACAAUACUGGGGUGUAUUAUACCUGUCAAACCACCAUUCCAGCCCCGACAGAAUGCAAGUCAUCAUGUUAGUCAACAAGAAACUCUCGAAGAAUAACUGGCACAUCGUAAUGAUCAAAUCACCAAAUGUAAUGGUGGUCGAGCUAGUGGGCGACUUUGGAAAGGUGUGCAUGUACAAUAUUUAUAACGCCUGUGACAAUGACAACACCCUGCACUUUCUCGAAAGACACAUGGCCACUGAGCACAACACCAGACAGGCCUGA